AUGGGCAUGAACAGAGCGUCCCGUCUUGACCCGUCGGAGCACAAAGCAUCAAUGGACCAGUCACAUCAUGUGAAGAACAGAGGAUGGAUGGACAUCAAGAACGGUGUGGAACCCUUGCGUAGCAAAUCCUCGAGGAGGACCAAUGGGCAGAUAUAUUGUGGAUCGAAUGCACCAGCUGAGGCAGUUGGAUACGAUUUCCCUACCUGGUGUAAUGGAUGUGGAUAUUAG